UAUGGCUAGCGGUGGCUCCGGCAAGUCCAGCAGCGAGGUCUCCGGCGGCGGCAUCCCCAGCAGCAGCUCCCUGCAGAGGAAAAAGCUCAUCUCUAUCUGCGACCACUGCAAGAUCAAGAUGCAACUGGUGGCCGAUCUGCUUCUGCUGUCGAGCGAGACCAGGCCGGUGAACACCGAGAGUCUGUCUGUCUUCGGUGAGUCCUUUGAGAAGUGCAGGGACACGAUCAUUGCCAGGACCAAAGGACUCUCCAUCUUGACCCAUGACGUCCAGAGCCAGCUCAACAUGGGACGCUUCGGGGAGGUGGGAGAAAGCCUGAUGGAGAUGGGGGAGCUGGUGGUCUCCCUGACCGAAUGCUCUGCCCAUGCUGCCUACCUGGCUGCAGUGGAGACUCCAGGGGCCCAGCCUGCCAUGCCUGGCUUGGUGGAUCGCUACAAGGUGACCCGAUGUAGGCAUGAGGUGGAGCACGGCUGCGGGGUCUUGAAAACCACCCCUUUGGCAGAUAUGAGCCCUCAGCUCCUGCUGGAGGUUUCUCAGAACAUGUCCAAGAACUUGAAAUUCCUGACAGACGCCUGCGUGCUGGCCAGUGAGAAAUCCAAGGAUAAAUUUGCUAAGGAGCAGUUCAAACUCAGUGUCAAAUGCAUGAGCACCAGCGCCUCUGCCCUCUUGGCCUGUGUCAAGGAGGUCAAGACCUCGCCCAGCGAGCUGACCAGGAACCGGUGCGUCUUGUUCAGUGGACCUUUGGUGCAGUCUGUCUAUGCUCUGGUGGGCUUUGCCACUGAGCCCCAGUUUUUGGGUAAAGCUGCCACCAUUAAUCCAGAGGGCAAAGCUGUGCAAACCGCCAUCCUAGGAGGAGCCAUGAGUGUGGUAUCUGCUUGUGUGCUCCUGACCCAAUGCCUCAGGGAUAUAGCCCAACACCCCGAAAGUAGCACCAAAAUGAGCGAUUACAGGGAACGGUUGAGGAACUCAGCUUGCGCCGUCUCGGAUGGUUGCAACCUGCUAUCUCAGGCACUAAGAGAAAGAUCUUCACCCAGGACUUUACCGCCAGUGAACUCCAAUUCUGUGAAUUAACCCCCACAUCUUCUGUUUAGAUCCCAGUCAUUGCUAAAGGAAAAUAAUAUCCCACCUCCUCACCCCUUUUUUGUAUACCAAAGAAUUUGCUUGGAUGAGCCCAGUCCUUUGAUUUCAUGUGGUGAAGAAGCAGAACGUAUUCAAACUAUAUGUACUAAUAAAGGUAGCCAGUUUUGGCUUCUUUUUAUUUUACUUUAAAGUUAAGCAAGUGUCUGCAGAUAAAUUUUCCUUUAUUCAACAAGGUCUUCACAAGUGGUAAAACUGUUUCAAAGUUUUUUAUAUUUGGGGAGGUGGGGGUAUCUUAGAAAAAGGAGAAAAAAAAGAGCUUUAAUCGCGCUGGGUGCGGUUUUUAAAGUUUGUCUUGUCUUGUCUUCCGAAGUUUCCCUUCUAAAUUUUGCUGUUCGGUUGUGCAGGAAAAAGGUUACCUCAGUUCUAACUCAUUUAAAAAAAUGAAAAAACCCAACAACACAUAGAUGAUGGAUGUAGCUACUAUUUUGUUUGUUUUUGUUUUGUAUGACUUUUUUUAUUUUGCAUCAAGUGUUAGGUUAGAAGUGCAUUUGGUGUGUAGGAGUGGAAGGACUGGAGGUUGUGAUUAUGUUUUCCAUGUGUUGAUUUCCAAACUGGGGGAAAAGCUACUGUGAGUGUUUAAACAAACAAACAAAAUUACACUAUAACAAAAGUGAUUUUUAAUUUUUUUCCAAUGUCAGUUUUUAUCUUGCAUGUACUGGAGUAUUUAUUUCAUCUAUUAAAAUGUUAUGUUUCUCAGA